AUGGUCCUCAACAAGAAGAGUCUAUGGAAGCGUCGUGACAAGAACAGCAACGAGCCCGAGCUUGACGUCUUAUCCAUGACCUUCAACAUGCCGACGCGGAGGGACUUUGACAGAUCAGCAAAAAGACCGCAGUCUAAAGACGAGAACACAAAUGAGACUGACACGGAUGAAUCCAUGUAUAUAGAGUCAUCCUCGUCUUCGUCGCUGUCGUCGUCAUCCUCCUCCUCCUCUUCGAGCAUACAGGACAGUCCUACCUGGUCCGAGAAAGACGAUGAGCGGCCUUGCCUGAAGUACGUCGAGGAGGAAGACAAGUCCCCUCGCCGCGGAAACCUCGCAUCCGUUCGCCGUUCCAAGAGACACAAACGGUCCAAGGCGGUAUCUUUACCACCCAUCACCACUGCCAAGUUUCCCUCCUCCAAAGCACCCUCCACGCCUUCGACUACAGUCGCCACCCCGGGUUCUUCAAUGGUUUCGUCAGCUUCGCUGCUGGGGGCUCCCCUUUACAACGGUGGUGGGAUCGUCCUGCCAACAUACGGCCCGCCACCGGCCGAGUCCGCCUAUGUCCAAGUACCGCCGGGCUUUGCACAGGCUUACCAGCAAGCAAUGCCAAUGUUUGGUGGUCAGGGUCACUUCGCAGCUGCUGCUCCUCCGCAUCCUCAUCCAGUCUUUGCUCCAUGCCCCCCAUCUUGGACGCCACCAGUUGGUGGUAGUAGCAGCCAGAACCAGAUUCCCACAAUCCAACGGGAGCUUCAUCGCCUCCAGGCCCUGCUCGACGGCAAGAUUGCGGCUCUCGGUCUGCAUCCCGGCAGUGAAGACUUGCAGACCCAGGUCAGGAUGCUCCGCUCACAGAUAAAUACCAUCAUGGACAAGCAGCACGCCAGGGUUGGGGUUGGCAGCAACAGCCCGCGAAACAACAAGUCUACUUCGAUUGCAGAGCCACUGCCGACCAAGGAGGAGAUGUCGUCAGAAUCCAGAGAAGGGACGGCUCAAAACCGCCACCAGUGCUCGGGUUGUGGGAGCGUCCGCUCACGCAGAUAUCACCUCAAGCACCCACUCGAGCAGGGCAAGCCCAUCUUUCCCAACCUGUGUGAGUCGUGUCGCCACAGGGAGCACAGAAGAAGUGCCACGAGGUCGGGAGCCCAGCACAUCUGCUUCAGCUGCGGGAUAUACAGGUCCCAGAACUUCCAUAGGAAGCACCACAUCAUCCCCGGUGGCGGUAUGUUGCUCAACUACUGUUCGCGUUGCCAGGUUGAGAAACGUGCUGCCGAAGAGGCGGCAGCUACUGAAGAGGUGAAAGCUAAAGAGACGGUUGUCUCAUCUGAGCUUCAGUAUGAGCCCGAAGCUACAGAGCUUCAGAGGGGGGGGGAAGAAGAGGCCCGAGCUCCCAUCCGCCCCAACAGCCUUCCCAAGCGACACGCUUCCACCUCUUUGUCCCACGGUCCCAGCCAUAUCGACAGCCCUCCCAAGAGAGAGGCUUCCUCGUCUGCCCGGGGCCCGAGUCGCUACCGAGCUCCCUUUGUGGAAGACGGCUUGAGCAACAGUCUGUCUGACAAGUCGGACGUAAAGAAGCGCAGACUGCGCAGUGCCACUGCCACUGCCACUGCCAAUCCAUCCACGACCAAGCCCGACGACGACGAUGUUCUGCCCUCCGGGGCUCCAUCACCCUCCCGAUCCCACGGCGGCAUUAGCCCAUGCAACCUCACCGACUCCUUCAGCUCAGCAGGAAGCAAGACGGUCAAGUUCGACGACGAGACGACAGAAUAUGAGGACAAGACGGGAAGGCGGUCUCCCCCGCCGACGUCCUUCUCCCGGGGCGCAUUCAGCGGCUUCACCCCAAAGGACUUUCACACGGACAGCAAGGCAACGGGUGGGGAUGGGCUCAUUGACGAGAGCUUCCCGUCGUCCCGUCACUCGUUCCACCACCACCAGCAGUCGCCUCUCCGGAGCGCAUUCAGCUCCUUCUUCCGCGAUGCCCCGAGUGACUUUGGCGCGAGGAUGAGUCGUGCUACCACUUCGCAGCUCUCCGCCCCCCCUCACAACCCGGAGUCAACCCGCCACCACAAUCGCCGCCAAGAAGGUUUCGACGACGGCGGCGGCGGCGCUGGUCCUUGUUAUGGGCAGCAGCAGCAGCAGCAGCAGACGCGCCCGGCCUCACCGAUCUCGUUCUCCUGGACCGGCGGUGCCUUCUCGUCAGGCGGGCGAACAUUCUCCAACGGCCCGGGAACCGAGAGCGACGGUUUCUACUCCGGCUCAUCGCCCGAGCAGAAUCGCAACCAUGACUGUGCCCGGGGCAGGAGCAGGAUCAACAGCAACAGAGCCAGCAAGAACCCUUACUACACGCCUCCUCAGCCGACGCCGUACUUCUUCUUCAACACGACGAGUGCUUCUUCUGCUGCCGCCACUGCCGCCGCCACCGCCGCCGAGUCAAGCGGGUAUUAUGGUGAAGGCAGGAUGAAGAGGAAGAAGAAGAAGAAGAGGAAAAAUGAUUGCUAUUGUGAUGGUGACGAGAUGAUUUCUCAGCCGGAGAUUGAAGAGGCUGAAUCUGCCAUGUCUUCUCCCAUUAUUCUAGCCAAGCUGAUCGAUUAUCAUGUUAUUCCUGGACUCGAGUUGCCCGAGUCAGACUCUUCCGUGGGUGACUCUCCAUGA